AGCAAGUGGCACACAGCCAUGGAAAAGGCGUGGUCACGGCUGUUGAUUACAUGCAGGGAUUGCGUGAACGUGAGAAACGGAGAGAAACGGGGAGUGGAAGGACCGACACAGCCGGAGCCCUGAGGCAGUGGAACCAGUUUCAGCAUGAAUAAUAAUCAGUUCCAGACAAAUGGUCCCGUCUAUGACAACGCAGGGUUUCAGCAUGAGGAAGGAAGAUCCCCUCCAUACUCCCAGGGUGUAUACCCUUACAUCCCACAGGAGACCCCCAGCUAUGUUGCUGUCCUUCCCCAGACCAUCAACACCCAUGAGACCACUCUUGAAACACCAAAUAACACAGGACAAAAGAAAGGAAUAAAGAAAUGUCCCUGGAGUUACAUACUGUGUGGGUCCCUGUGUGUGCUCGCUGUACUGGCAGUUAUCGGCCUCUUGCUCUGGUACUUCUUAUACUACCAGUGUUUACUGGGGAAGUUGUGCAGGAUUGGUGGGAAGUGUCUCAGCCCCUCCCAGUGGUGUGACGGUGUUAUGGACUGUUCUCAUGGAGAGGAUGAAGCUCAGUGCUUUCGCCUCCAUGGGACCAACUUCAUCCUCGAAAGUUACUCAGCUGACAGCCAGAGUUGGAUGCCGGUGUGUGCUGAUAAUUGGGACAACAACUAUGGGAGAGCUGUGUGUGAGCAAAUGGGAUACAGCAGCGAGGAUUACGUGUCCUCUAGUGAAGCCAGUGCAGGUUCCAUUGCCUCGAAGGGAUACAUGAGGUUAAAGCAUGGGAGUAACCAUGGAUCACGCAUACAGUCACAGCUCACUUACAGCUUACUUUGCUUUGAAAGAGCGGUCAAACUUCGUUGUGUUGAAUGCGGAGAAAGCUCGGCAGCCCCCAGCACUCGCAUCGUGGGCGGCACGGAGGCAGCGAAUGGGGCCUGGCCGUGGCAGGUCAGUCUCCAGAUUCAAGGUCAACACGUUUGUGGAGGCUCCAUCAUCGGCCGCCAGUGGAUCCUAUCAGCUGCGCACUGCUUCCAAACGUACUCUGACCCGAAAUUGUGGAAGGUAUACUCUGGCAACGUGCGCUUGUCGGCAUUUAUCUCGGCCUCUGGCGCAAGAGUUAACAAAAUCAUAAGUCAUAAGGGAUUUGACACAGAUACUAAUAACAAUGACAUCGCUCUUCUAAAGCUCGAUACGCCUUUGACAUUCACGGGAACAGUGAAGCCUGUGUGCCUUCCUAACUUUGGAGUGGAUCUCUCUGCUGGACAGCAAGCCUGGAUUACAGGCUGGGGAGCCUUGCGCUCAUCUGGACCAUCCCCUAACACACUCAAUCAGGCCCAAGUGACCAUCUACAGCAGAGAGACGUGCAACGCGCCUCAGGUGUUAGACGGAGCGAUCACAGAGACCAUGAUCUGUGCUGGCAAGCUGGAGGGAGGAGUCGACUCAUGUCAGGGUGACAGUGGAGGGCCUCUGGUGGUCAAACAAGGGAAUGUAUGGUGGCUGGCAGGGGACACUAGCUGGGGGAUUGGAUGUGCUUGGAAAAACAAGCCCGGAGUCUACGGCAACGUAACCUAUUUUAAGAACUGGGUGUAUGAGCAAAUGCAGAAUGAGUGACAGCGUUCUCGGUGAACCUGAAGACAAUCCUCCUCCUUUCACUAAUCAGCAGUACUUACUCAAACACGCUCACUUUUGCACUUUAAAUCCAAAGCUCUGAGGGAAAUAGUUGAUCGGGAAGGUUUUCUUAAGAACCGAAAACCAAAAGAGGAAGAUUUUUUUUUGUUUUUUUUUAUACACUACUCAUUAGUACAGAUUGAAUGUUUAUAUUUGAACAAAAUCAAGUUAUUUAUUUGUUUUAAUAAAACAAAUUUUGCACAAAGA